UCCGAUAACGAAGGGAAAGCAGUGCAAAAUAGCAACGGAACAAGGAGGUCUCCUCCCAGGUGCCGCCGCCGCGCAGGGGAGGAGCAGCUCGCCGCCUCGCCGGGGCCGUCGAGGCGAGCAGAAGAAGGAGAAGGGACGAUGCCGCCGCUGGCGACCGCUGGCCCGGGAGCCGCGGCGCACCCGUGCCUGAGGACCCACGGGAAGGAGGUCGCCUGGCUGCACCUGCUCGACUGGAUCGUGCUCCUCCUCCUCGUCGCCAUGUACGGCGUGCUCAGCCUGGUCCAGCCCUUCCACCGGUUCGUGGCCGAGGACAUGAUGGCGACCCUCCGGUACCCCAUGAAGGACAACACCGUGCCCGGCUGGGCCGUUCCGGUUAUUGCCAUCGUUGUGCCCAUGAUUUUCAUCAUCGGAGUGUACGUGAAGAGGAGGAACGUCUACGAUCUGCAUCACGCCAUUCUUGGCCUUCUGUUCUCGGUUCUCAUAACAGCUGUCCUGACCGUCGUGGUCAAGGAUGCUGUAGGCCGGCCGCGCCCGGACUUCUUUUGGCGCUGCUUUCCUGACGGAGUGCCGAAUUACAACAACAUCACCGGAGACGUCAUAUGCCACGGGGACCCGAGAGUAAUCAAAGAGGGGUACAAGAGCUUCCCAAGCGGGCACGCUUCAGGUUGUUUUGCCGGGCUUGGAUUCCUGUCAUGGUACCUGGCCGGCAAAAUCAAGGCUUUCGAUCGGAGAGGCCAUGUCGCGAAGCUCUGCAUCGUUCUUCUGCCUCUGCUCCUUGCGUCCAUGGUCGCCGUGUCGCGAGUGAGCGACUACUGGCACCACUGGCAGGAUGUCUUCGCUGGUGGACUUCUUGGUAUGCAUCAAAUUCAGUUCAGUUACUCUCCAUCAGCUGUGACUCCUAUGAUUCCUGAAGAACACGCAGCCAUCGACUCUGCUUUGUACGACUCUGCAGGUUUGGCGGUUGCUUCAUUUUGCUUCCUCCAGUUCUUUCCACUGCCAUACAGUGAACAUGGAUUUUGGCCUCACGCAUACCUUGAGCACAUCCGUCGGCCUGCGGGUGAAAGCCAAGUGCUCUCAGCAACAAACUCGAAUAUGCACCAUCAGUCACUGUCACUUCAUCUUUCUGGAACGUGUGAGCUGAGAACCAGCAGCCAAGCACUGGGUUCCAUGGAAGAAGGAAGCAGGGACCAGUGACUAAGAGUACAAGGUUUCCGUUUCUUUUUUCCCCCCCUUAUUUUGUAAGCUAGGUGACUGAAGCAGCAAUACCACUCUUGAUGACCUCGCCCAAGAUUUGUAAGCUAUCUUCAGAUUUGAGGAGCUGAGGAGCUCUGGUACGAGGUGUGUUAGGGGAUCA